GCUCUUGAGUGCCGCCAUGCAAACAGGACUCCCGUGCACCCACCCAGCACAAUGAAAGGAGACACGCCGCUGAGGAACUAAUUACAAGCAAACUGCAGGUAUCCCUUGUUUGAUGUUCAUGUGAACGGAAUCGAGAUUAUUAACCAGCACUACGGUCAUGGAUACCACGUACCUGCCGCUAGGGAGAACCAGCCCUGCGCCUCUCUACCUCACCACAGGAGGGAACAUGUCCUUUACAGCCAAUAUGACAGGCAAUUUUACCGGAGAAACGACUGAGUUUUAUGAUCCUUCUGAAAAAAGCGCCAAGCAAUUGGAGUUCGAGUCGUAUACGCUGUACAAAGUGGCCUACUAUAUGGCCUUCUACUACCACUGGGUUCUGCUUGCCAUAGGGGCGCCCGGGAAUCUGGCCAGCAUCUUCACCAUACUCUCUAUGCCAACCGUGUCGUCAUCAAAGGCCCACGUAGCUAUCUUGGCCACAGUGGACACCAUCGCUCUGGUUCUGAAACUGGCCUAUUCCGAGAUGUCCGGCAGUGCCAUUCACCUCACUGGGCCCGGAUGUGCCACCAUUAUGUUCGCCCAACAGUUCACCUCAGACUACGCAAACUGGAUCGUGGUUGCCAUGACAGCGGAGCGCUUCCUGGCCGUCUGGUUCCCCUUGCGGGUGGGUCGGAUGUAUACCAGACGCAAAGCCCUGAUGGUACUGGCCUUACUCGCGACCUUGACCUCCGGCGUCUCACUCGUGCUAUUUUGGGUGUGGACGGAGUACCACGAAGCUUCCUACGGCUACUGGUGUGACAUCAGGCCAGAAUAUGUGGACUUUAUUAACUAUACAUUCUACUGGCUGUCCGCGGUUUAUUCCUUAAUAUUGCCGUGCUUUUUUAUCCUUCUCGGGAACACGCUCAUUAUCUUAAACAUUGUGCGGGCUGGGAGGGUACAGCGUCACCUGACAAACUCGUUCGAUCAAGGCGGGAGAAAGGCGAGGGAUCAGAGACAGAUCACGCUUAUGCUGGUGGUAGUGUCUGUCGUGUUCCUCAUGCUGAAUAUGCCCAACGCCAUCUUCUACAUCGUGAAGCCCACGUGGAAGGACAGUCUCGAGCCUUUCUCUUACGAUGAGGCCAAGUACACCUUCACGGCUCGCUUCAUUCACAUACUGAGUGACGCCAAUCAUGCUGUGAACUUCUACUUGUAUUUUCUCAGCAUGAGCACUUUCCGUAGACGGUUCAUCGACGCAGUACGCUGCAGGAGCCGACAAAAGCGACGACCGGCGGGCAGCAGUAUGUACCGUACGUCACAGACCUACAUGCACAGUGACGCUCACUCUGUCGACACUAGAUACGAUGGUACCAGCACCGCUGGGACCAAUGUGAUCUACAGUGCGUACGGUAAACGUGGCCAGAACCACCACGCUAAGGGAGACAACAGCAUCCACUCACUCAAGUCCUUCAGCAGCAGCUGCAACGGCAACAACAACAGGCCAACCAGCGCCGGCUUCAACAGCAACAACAGCAGCUGCCUCACGGCCAACAGCGAAGUUUGAGCACUGCCCAAAAACAACAGCAGCUGUCUUACUGCAAAUUGCGAUGCCUGAGCAGCUGUCUUACUGCCAAUUGCGAAGUUUGAGCACUGAGCUCUGCACGACAUUCUUUCGUCAACUGUCGGGUCGAAACUGUUCUUGUAAAAUAGAUGGAAAACGUCGUGAAAACGUCAUGAUUUCUUUAACACAGACCUCAAGGAUUCGUCCAACGUUCAGACUUAUGAUAGAAUCAACGUUGGCUCAUUUUUGAAAGGAAAGGGCAGUUGUUUUCUCAGUGAGCACACGGCUGGUCACGAGAGUCUGGAUCCAAGACAAGCUAUAGCUAUAUAUAGCUUCAAAGUUAUAUCCGACCUUUCAUCACUCUGUACUACUGACUAUAGACCACGAGUCCGCUGUCAAGAUACACUACGCUCUGGCAGUAGAGCGGUUCAUAUUACUUUUAAUUUUAAGCAGAAACGGUUAUCCGAAAAAA